AUGAACAACAAUCAUACCUCCACUCCCUCUGCUUCAUCGGAUUCAAAACAGAUGAACCAUCAAACGAAUGGACGCGUUCACUAUCCACCACCUCCACCACGAACAUCCAAUUCUCUCCAUUCUAACCUUUCUCAGCAGUUACAACAACAAACUCCAUUCAUCAUUGAUAACAACAACAAUAAGAACUACUCCAAUUUAAAUUUCAACCAAAUGAUGCUCAAUAACCAAAUGAUGAUGAACAAUCCAAUCUUCUUUCAAAACCAUUUACUUUCCCAACAACAACAACAACAUGUAAAUCUCGGGAUCAACAACAACAAUAUGCAAAUUCCCAUUACAAUAAUUCCAAAUAAUAAUUCUUCUACAUCAUCACAGGCAACAACAAACGAUAACAGCGCAGUGGAUGUAGGAGACUUUGCUUUAUUUCAACAGGAACAGGCCAAACAAUUCUCUUUGUUUCAACAACAACAAGCAGCCAUGUUUUUGCAAAUGGCAGCACUUCAGCAACAACAGCAGCUUGAGACUCUUGCAAACGGAGUGUUAGGUCCAUAUUUCCAUGCUUCUCUCUCGAAUUCAAUGGCUUCGUAUGGAGGUGAAGAUGAUACCGGUUCAUCAUCAACAAUGCCCAUGUUUAUUCCAACCUCCACAAGCACACCAUCGGUUAACAUGCUCAACACAAACAACAACAAUCAUAACGGUAGUGCUGCUACUCUCGAUCUUUAUUCAUCAUCCCCUAUGAAGGAUUCAUUAUUGAGUUCGAGUCCAUCCAAUCAAAUGUCUGUUUCCGUUGAUAGCCACUCAACGAACACAGACAACGAUCCAGAAAAUGAAGACAAAAGAAGUCAAAUCUUUAUGACCAAUCAAAGAAGAACAGGUCCUGUGAGACGAUCAAAAAAAGGUGGUUGGUCUGAGGAAGAGGAUGAAAUGCUUCGUAGAGCUGUGCAACUCUAUGGAGGUAAAAAUUGGAAGAAAAUUGCUGAAACACUUCAAAACAGGACAAGUGUGCAGUGUUUACACAGAUGGCAAAAGGUACUCAAUCCAAAUCUUGUGAAGGGACCGUGGACAAAAGAGGAAGAUGAAACCAUUCUCCAGCUUGUAAAAACCUAUGGAGCAGAGAAUUGGAGCAUGAUUGCUUCUCAUUUACCUGGAAGAAUUGGAAAGCAAUGUAGAGAAAGAUGGUAUAACCAUUUAGAUCCAAAUAUCAAGAAAGAUCCUUGGACUGAAGAAGAGGAACAAUUGCUGUUAGAAGCUCAACGAAAGCUUGGAAACAAAUGGGCAGAGAUUUCAAAACAAAUACCUGGAAGAACUGAUAAUGCUUGCAAAAAUCACUUCAAUUCUCUAAUUGCUCGUGAAAAGAAAAAAUCAUCAUCAAAAGAUUGCGCAACAACAGAGACCACCACUGCUAAGAAAACAAAAAAGCCUUCUUCAAAGAAAGAUGACACUGCUGCAGCAAGGUCUAAACACAAAAGGUCACUGUCAGACACAGUUUUUUAUCAAAGCUUUAAGUAUGAGCCUAAGGAUUCUUUGUUAGCUCCUCCCACUUUGUCACCAAUGGCCACAUCAAAUAAUUCUGGCAAUAACUCGCCCAGAUCUAACACCGGGCUUCCACCACCACAUCCAUCAUCUCAACCAAAUAUUUUCCCCACUUUUGUAAAUCCAUCAUCAUCGAAUGUCACUCCAUUCUCCCUCAAUUUUCCAUUUUCCAACACGAGUGUACCUGUAGUGAUACCUAAUGGAAAUAUUGUACAACAAAACAUCAUCCCACUAUCAAGACAAAAUGUACAAAAAUCCCAAGACACUCCUAGCCAAUUAAUAAUACCAAACAUAGAUAUUACCUCACCAAACUCAACAGCCACUCCAAGCGAUCUCUUCCAUGACGCUUCUGCUUUUGACGCAACAGAAGGUCCCAACUCAGUUUUAUCAGAUGUGCAAGACACUCUUAUUAAUCAAGUUGGAUCAAGCUUUACCAACUUUGAUAAUUUUGAAUUUGAGAAUGAGGUAUUAAUUCAUGAGAAUAGCAAUGAAGAAGGAAGCAACAACAGCGUCACAAGCAGUCAUGGACAAAAGAAUGCUCGACCAUCCACAGUAUUUGAUGAGGAAAUGGACUUCAAUGAUAUGGAUGAAUCAGAGUUGCAUAACUUUUUGGACGAAGACGAUGAAGAUGAACAGACAAACAGUGGUCUGUUACCACCAUCAUUUAUGGAACUAGAUAGCAGACAAGUGAAACGAAAGAAGUUUAAUCACAUUUUCCAUAACAGAUCUAUUUCAUUUGAUGUUUCACAAUUGCAAAAUAAGGAUCAGUUUUUCUAG